AUGCUGAGAGUGAUCGACGAGGUUGAUGAUGAAGCAGAUUCCUUGGUGAAAAGAGCAAAAAAUUAUUACGAGAAAAAGCCAAAACUCAUUGCCAUGGUUGAAGAUUUAUACCGUUCUCAUUGCUCCUUGGCACAGAAGCAUGAUCUCUUAGUUAAAGCAUCAUCUUCACUGGAUCCGGACAGACAUAACUCAUCAACCAGCGACGAGUUACGUUCGGAAGAAACAGAGUCUGAAGUGGAUCAUGGUGAAGGAGACCAAAUUGCUGGAUGUGGCGAUGAUGAUGGUGAGACGAUGAAGGAAGAGUUGGAGAGAUUGAGAGAAGAAAACAGAGUUUACAAGGAGCUGAUGAUGAUGAGAGAGAAGAAGAGUGAAGUGGCUUCGUUGUCUACAAAUUCAAUAAUUAGGAUUUGCUUUCGUUUGCUUUUUGCUUCCAUUUCAGUUGAUGAUAUAUUUUUUUAUAGAGGUAAAAAAAAGGGACCUGUCAGACCGCCGUGCGACCACCCCGGCAAGGCUAGGCCGAGCCGAGUAACGAUCCUCUACAGCACCGGAAGAGUCCGAAGACGAUCGUGGCCGUUAAUCACGCUCAGAUCGCACGGUCAUGGUUCAUCAACCAGGGUGUGGGGCCUGUCUCCUUAG